AACAAACCCUGUUCGCGUUAAGUUCUAUUCUACUAGACACAACACACCACAUUAGAACUUGAGUUUUUCGGCCUCUCUGUUGUGUACGUACACAUAUCCAUAUCAAUUUUCAUGGUUUUUCGGUUAGAAUAAUUUCCUUUUGAAGGCUCAAUUGCAAAAUCGAUCUGAAAUUUUGAAAAUCGUGCGAAACAAAUCCAAAAGGAAACGGGUCGUGAAUAUCGUGAAGCGUUCAUCCCCAUUUUGCCGAGUUGAAAAGUUAGCCAGCCCCCCCUCGUGAUCCAGGGACUCCAAUUUCCAAAAGGUGCAAAUGUCGCCGCAUUUAUAAGAUCGGUGUUCGAAUUUCCUUUCAUUACCGUCAAAAUUUCCGUUUUAUAGUGCAAUUUCCACUUUCCACGGUAUCAUUUGAUCGGUUCUCGCGUAAAAUCCGUAACCGCGAAAUAAGCCGACCCCUCCUCUUUUCAUAGUGAAAUUUUAGCAAAAUUUAGUGUCUGUCCGCUGUGCAGAUAAGAUUAUGCUUGCUAGUGUGCUGCAGCGAAAAGAUAAAAGAUAAAGUUGAGCAAUAGUUAAUAUUUUAAAAGUUACUGUAACAAGUGAGCUAAGAUACUCGUACUUUGAUAAAAAUUUACAAAAAUUCCAUUAGCGAAAUACUAACAUUCACUACUACUCUUACAAUCCAUGGGAGGAAAAUUUUUGGGAGUAUUUUACCGAAAUUACGUGAAGCUACAAAUAUAUAAGUAUUAGGAGUAUUGAAAAUUUAUAACGGAAAUAUACAAUUAGAGAAAAUACGAAGAAGAGCAAUACUAUAAUAUAAGGCGGCCACAUCCACCCGGAAGUGAGGGAAAACUCCAAGGACUUCGCAUCCAAUCUCACAAACAUCAUCAGAAAAAUCAACAAAACUUCGUGUGCAAUACGAGAUUUCAAUUCAAUCGAACGGACCGAAUAACAUUUUAUCAAAAGUUUAGACGAAUUUCACAUCGAUAGCUCUCAAUUCAGUUCAUCUGUACACUGAAGGACAAUCAAACAAUUCAGCAAAGUGUGCUACCAAAAAAAAAAAAAUCAUCUUACUACGAAAAACGACCUGUUAACUCUUAACACAAAUCAGGUGACACGCUUAUACGGCAAGGAUUUAACAGAAUAACGUCCACCAAAAUUCGUGAAACAUCGAACAAAAUGAUUGCUAACGGUUUAGAUAAUAGUCAACAAAACGGUCGAGCUGGCUCCAUAAGUAGCGGACAAGAAGAUGCCAAGACAAAUCUUAUAGUUAACUAUUUACCACAGACAAUGACCCAGGAGGAGGUCAAGUCCCUAUUCUCGAGCAUUGGUGAAUUGGAGAGUUGCAAACUGAUACGGGACAAGGUCACUGGGCAAAGCUUAGGAUACGGUUUCGUGAACUACCAGCGAUCCGAGGAUGCCGACAAAGCAGUUCACACAUUCAACGGUUUAAGAUUACAAAAUAAGACAAUAAAAGUUUCUUUUGCUCGUCCCAGUUCCGAUGCAAUCAAAGGUGCUAACUUGUACGUAUCAGGACUGUCUAAGAGUAUGACACAACAAGACUUGGAGAAUAUCUUCAGCCCCUAUGGUCAGAUCAUAACAUCUCGGAUCCUUUGUGAUAACAUCACUGGACUAUCCAAGGGUGUAGGAUUUAUUAGAUUCGACCAACGAGCUGAGGCCGAACGGGCUAUUCAAGCGCUGAACGGGACUACACCGAAAGGAGCUACUGAACCAAUAACAGUCAAAUUUGCCAAUAAUCCUAGCAAUAAUCUGAAUAAGGCACUUCCACCGCUAGCAGCAUACCUAACGCCUCAAUCAAAUCGACGCUUCCCUGGGCCUAUUCAUCACCCAACGGGACGGUUCAGAUUUUCACCACUGACGGGAGAUCUUCUUGGAAAUGCUAUACUUCCCACCAAUGCUAUAAAUGGUUCUGGUUGGUGUAUAUUUGUUUAUAAUUUAGCACCGGAAACAGAAGAGAAUGUACUUUGGCAACUUUUUGGACCAUUCGGUGCCGUACAAUGUGUGAAGGUUAUUAAGGAUUUGCAAACUAAUAAAUGUAAGGGAUUCGGUUUCGUUACGAUGACGAACUAUGAUGAGGCUGUGGUAGCUAUACAAUCAUUGAAUGGCUACACUCUUGGUAAUAGGGUUUUACAAGUCAGUUUUAAAACGAAUAAUACUAAGAAUAAAACUAAUUAAAUGAUUAAUUAUUAAGUUUUUAUCUACGAAAAAAGUUAAGAUUAAUCAAAUGUAUUUUACAUGCUUUUGUUCGAGUUUUUUCGUUUUAAUCUGCUUGUAAAAUUUAAUAUAAAUAAAAACCUAAGCAAAAGCAAUGGAAUUUAAUUUUGAAUUAGCGAAAACUGUUACUUCAGGUGGCAUGUGGGUCAUACUAAUCUGUUUUCAUUUUUUUAGUUAUUAUUAAUUAC